CAUUACAAUUCUCUCGUUUUACUCUCUUUUACAAUUCUCACUCGCACAAUUUCUUCUCUUAAACUUUAUUAGUACUAGUGUACUACUAAAGUGUUAGUCUAAGACCAGGCAAUCAAUUUUCAGAAGAGCAAUGCAGAAAAUUAUAGUUUCCCUGGAUUUACACGACGACAGAUCCAAACAGAAGGCCAUGAAAUCAGUUUCUGGACUUUCAGGAGUCGAUUCAAUAUCGAUAGACAUGAAAGACAAGAAGUUGACAGUUAUUGGAGAUGUUGAUGUAAUCCUCAUUGUGAGCAAACUAAGAAGGCAUUUUCAUACAUCGAUAGUUUCAGUUGGGCCAGAAAAAGAACCAGAAAAGAAGAAGGAAGAACCAACGAAAAAUCCUACAAAUCAAAUAGUUGAUCUUGCUUAUGCUUACAGAGCCUGUAAUCCUCAUAUGAACACACAUUAUUACCCGAGUGUCGAAGAAAAUCCUAAUGCUUGUGUUAUUUGCUAAUUUCAUUUUUUUUUCUUAAUAGGUUAAAAUUGUAGUUCCUAAGUUAGUCUAAUUGAUGAUUCAAAAUCUUGGGUUUACAUCAAAUAUACAUUGGCUUUG